GUUUAUUCUUGCAGAAAAUCGCUGGAAGAUAUGUGUUUUAAACUAUAACAUUUUGUAGUUCUUUUAUUUCUUCUUUUAUUUUAAUCUCAUUGUGAUUUGAUUUCUUUUCGUAAUGCGCGGGGCUAUCGUAACAAGUGUUUUUCUCGUCAUAAAUUGCUUCAAUGCGGUCCUAAGCGGCGAACUCGUCACCGAUCGACCGUCGAAAGACGUCCUCAAAUUAUCGAUGUCGAGGAAAUCUCUCAACCAACAGCGACGUUUUCGCCGACACACGAAACGCGCAGAAGAUGGUUCAGGAGAGAAAUGUCGAAAUCCCGCUAUGGAUGAAGGUAGUGGAAUUGAGAAUAAUCCAUGGAAGUUUGAAAACGAAACAAAGAUGAGUAUCUCCAUUAGCUGGAUCGGUAGAAAAGAGACCGGAGAAGCUGCGACGAUGCUCUUGUUGGCGACAACUGAGCUGAUGUUUUUCUUUAGCAAACCUUCAGACCUUUACAAAAGUGAGGACUUUGGGAAAACUUUCAAACAUGUGAAUGCUGAAGUUUUCAAUACCCACAUUAGAAAGGACAGUGGGAUCUUGAAAAGCCCAGUUAAUCCCAAUAAGGUUAUUCUAGUUUCCCACAGCAUUCCUUUUUUCCCAACUCAAUCUGGCCUGGUAAUCACCAAAAAUGGAGGGAACAGUUGGGAGCAGGUGAAAUGUCCAUUUCAGAUCAGUGGACCACUUCUGUUUCAUCCAAGGCAGGAAGAUUGGAUCUUGGCAAAAGCUGUUGUUAAUGGGAUGGCAUAUUUAUCAACAGACUUUGGACGUCACUGGAAAUUUUUACAGAGUUAUGUUAGAAGCUUAAAAUGGGGUGCCAUCAAAGAUACAGAAGGAGAAGAAAACACAAUCUUAAUGACAGUCUCAUCUAAUGCUAAUAGCUUCCUAAAGGGAGAAGCUAAGUUGAUCAGAUCAAGGGACCUUGGAGAAAAGUUUGAAGCUAUCCAUGUUCAGCAUGUGUACUCCUUUGGACUGCAGGGGCACUUUCUUUAUGUUUCUAUACGCCACAACAUGAAUAACAAUUCCCGUACCAUGCAUGUGUCCAAGAAUGGAGGAGAUUCGUGGGACCCUGUACAAGUGCCGACUGUAGAGCCAGAAAGGUUUUACUCCAUCAUGGACAUGUCGGAAGGAAUGAUUUUUCUCCAUGUUGAUGAUCCAGGAGAUACUGGCAGAGGAGUGUUGUACACCUCAGAUGCCGAUGGAAUUGUGUUUGGUGAAUCGCUCCGAAACCAUGUGUACACAAACGUUUUGGAGGUGACCGAUUUCUACAAAGUGGAAUCAAUGCGAGGCACUUACAUAACAAGUCGCAUGAACAAUGACAACAGUAUAACGACAGUGAUUAGUUUUAACCGUGGUGGCGAGUGGGGUACAAUUCCCUUGAAAGAGGAACAGUGCAAGAACGUCAACCUGGAGCCAGGAGAGAAGUGUUCGCUUCAAAUCCACAACCGUUUCAGUCGAAGCAGAGGUGUACAGUUUACCAUGGGCCCCUUGAGUAUUCCAAACGCGGUUGGUAUCAUUCUUGCACAUGGUCAUCCGGGUAGUGCCUUGAACAGAAACGUGGACGUGUGGAUGACACGUGACGGAGGGUACACGUGGAACAAGGUUCUGAGUGGCUCGCACCAUUACUCCAUUGGUGAUCAUGGUAACUUGAUCGUGGCUGUGCCAGCUUCCAGCUCUACAACGAAACAGCUCAUGUAUUCAGUGAACGAGGGCGGCUGUUGGUUCAAGUAUACUUUUACAGACCGCGACUUCACUGUUACUGGGUUGGUCACAGAGCCGGGUGGAAGUACAAUGAGGUUCAGUUUGUGGGGCUUUACUUUACCUUCAAGAGCUUGGCAGGUUAUCACUGUGGACUUUGAGAAAGUACUCAAAAGAGCUUGUGGAGACGACGAUUACGAAGACUGGAUACCUCACGGUGCAGGGACGAACAACGGUUGCUUGCUGGGAAGAAAGGUCCAUAUUCGCAGACCAAAGCAGGAGAGUCUGUAAGGAAAUAAUUUUGACCA